GAGAGAGAGAGAGAGAGAGAGAGAGAGUGUAGAGACAGAGUGAAAGAUUCUGAAUGAGAGUGAGAGGGGUUGAGUGUAACAGCGAAGAGCAGAGAGUAAGAUAGCUAUAGUUUCUUCGUAGAUCAGCCUGGGAUUUCACCCGCAGCCAUGGAGCUCCUCCAGAGCUUCCUGUGGCUCUCAGCUCUCCUGCACUCAGCUCAGGCUGCCCCUUCUUACCUGAUCAGUGCCCCUAACAUCCUUCACAUUGGGGUCGAAGAGACCGUCGCUGUACAGGUCGAUGGAGUGAACAGACCUGUCUCCGUGGUCGUCUAUUGCAUGCACGAAGUCAGUCGCCAGAAGUGCUCGGAAGACGUUAGCUUCCAGUUAAACGCUGAGAAUGAUUACCAACAGUUUAAACCCAUUACAGUGUCAGCUGAUCUCGUUGAGAGAAAGGAUUUGUGGAAACGGAAGGUGCCCUAUAUUUCUCUCGUGGCCGAAAGUAAGGAAUUGUUCCAGUCAAGAAGGAUGGUUCGUGUCUUGUUGUCUUCAAAACAAGGCUACAUCUUUAUACAGACUGACAAAUCAAUAUACACGCCCAAUGAGAUUGUCAAAUACAGAAUUUUUACUCUCGACCACUAUAUGAAACCAGUCAGCAAAACCAUUCAAAUAUCCAUAUAUAAUUCCGGGAACAUGCGGAUAUACAGCGGAGAUUUUAUGUCGAAUAAAAUAUCUGCCAAACAAUUAAAGUUGCCUGACAUUGCACUGCCUGGGAACUGGAGAAUAGAGGUGCAGUUUGCAAGCUUCCCGAUGUCUCUACGUUCCGCACAGUUUGAAGUCAAGGAAUUUGUUCUUCCCAGUUUUGGAAUCAAGGUGGAGGCUGAGCGUAUGUUCUACCUGAUAACAGCGGCAGAAUUCAGUUUCACAAUCAUAGCAAAACACACAUAUGGUGAGCCUGUGGAAGGAAUGGCAUUUGUGAGAUUUGGGAUCAUUGAUGAGAAAAGCAACAACACAUUCCUACGAGGCUUGGAACAGCAGCUCUCAAUGAGGAAUGGAAGAGUGGAAUCAUCAAUUUUGACUGAGAAGAUAGCAAAGACUUUGAAAGAUGGACAGUCAAUGGAGCAGUUGCUUGGGCAUUACCUGUAUAUGGCAAUUACUGUUUAUGAAACAAGCAGUGGUGAGAUGGAAGAAACAGAGAUCCGCCAAGUCAAAUUUGUCUCCUCUCCAUAUGUGAUUGAUUUGUCCAAAACCAGACGUUUUUUCACACCAAGCACACCACACUCUGUGCAGGUGCAGGUAUCCUAUCCCAAUGGAUCCCCUGCCUCGCGUGUCCCAGUACAGCUUGAUACGGGAAAUCGGCUCUACACUGAUGUGAACGGUCGUAUUUCAUUCGCAAAAGAACCUGGUGAAGCGGCCGAUGUGAUGGCGAUCAAGGUCACAGCUGGCGAUGGCUCCCCAGGGAAGGAAGUCAGUGAAGCAACAAUGACAGCAUCUAUCUUCCAGUCUCAGGCCAAGAGCUACCUAUACAUUGACGUACCAAGCCGUGAAGUUGAUCUAGGGAGCAGUCUACUUGUAGAUUUGAAAGACAUCUCAUUCCGAAAACUUGGGAAAAUUGACUACUAUUACUACAUGGUGAUCAGCAAAGGAAAGACCGUACGUUUGGGUAAAAUCAAGAGACAAGAAUUAACAAAGCUGCAGAUACGGAUAACAGCUGCCAUGAUGCCUGCCUUGCGACUUGUUGUUUACUAUUACGUAACCGAUCGGGGUCAGAGGCAGAUGGUGGCUAACUCAGUGUGGGUCGAUGUGAAGGAUCAGUGUGAUGGCGAGUUUUUCAUCGAGAACAAACGUCAGCAGUCACCAUUAUCUAGGUCAACAACGCUGAAAGUCACAUUACCAGACUCCGGAAGUGUCUCCAUGGUGGUUGUGGACAAAGCAGUUUAUAUUCUCAACAGUAAGAAUAAACUUACAGCCAAAAAGGUCUUUGAGGAGAUGAACUCCUAUGAUCUUGGUUGCUCGUAUGGGAGCGGGGUCGAUACUGCCAACGUCUUCAAGGAUGCCGGCCUCACAUUCAUCUCCAAUGCUGGUUCUGUGGAAUUCAGAGAAGGGUACUCGUGUGGAAAGGAACCCAGGAGACAAAAGAGGUCUUUGGAGCUACAGCAACAAUACACAAAUAAAUUGGAUGAAUUCUCGGAUGAGGUGCUGAGGCGGUGUUGUAAGGACGGUUUGCUUCUGAUCCCAACCAGGAAGACGUGUGAGCAACGAGCUAAGAGGGUCCGGGAGCACAAAUGCAGGGAAGCCUUUCAGUUCUGCUGUGACUAUGGCAAAGAGCUGCGCAAGAAUCAGACCCGCAGGUUGGACGCCAUUGGGAGAUCAAUGGAUGGUGAUGAUGAUGACUUUUUUGAUGAAAGCUCAAUCCGAAUCCGCAGUAACUUCCCCCACAGUUGGCUGUGGAGAACACUUGACAACCUACAAAAGGGUGAGCAGAGUAUCAAUUUCCCUGUUCCUGAUUCCAUUACAACAUGGGAGAUCCAAGCCAUCGGAAUGUUUAACAGUAAAGGUAUAUGUGUAGCUGAACCAAAGGAAUUCAAGGUUUUUAAGAAAUUUUUCAUCUCUUUGAGACUGCCCUACUCUGUGAAACGGAAUGAACAGGUGGAGAUCAAAGCUGUUAUAUACAACUACAGUGAUCGGGAGCUGGAGGUCGAGAUCUACAUGAGCGCGGUCGACGGGCUCUGUAGCCCAGCAAUGUCACAUCAAAAUGCAAGGAAGGUCAAAGUCAAAGAGAAUUCCGCCUAUCCUGUCUUCUUCUCUAUCGUGCCACUCAUCAUGGGCAACGUUCCCAUCAAAGUCAUUGCGCUGAUCCGAGAAGAUGAUGAAGUGCCAAUACAUGACGCUAUUACAAAGCUCCUCUGGGUAGUGGGAGAAGGUGUGAUGAAGACAGAGGAGAAAUCCUUCAGUAUCAAUCCACAUGAAAAAUCUUCAUAUGACAUCUAUGAAGACAAGCCAAACAACCAAGUACCUGAUACAGAAUCCUAUCUGUACAUUCGAGCAAGAGGGGGCGCGUUGGGGGAGUCCGUGGACAACUGCCUGACCCCUGAUGGCAUAAACAAAUUGAUCCGAGUCCCAAGGGGAUGUGCUGAGCAAACAUCUAUACUUAUGGCCCCCACUGUGUUCGCUGUGGAGUAUCUAGAUAAGAGCGACCAGUGGCUGACUCUGAAACCUGAGAGGAAGGAUGAAGCUCUCCAGCAGAUCGAAGCAGGUUACAAUCGGAUCCUUGGAUUUAAAAAGACAGACGGAUCAUAUGGAGCGUGGUUACAUUAUCCCAGCAGCACCUGGUUGACUGCAUUUGUGGUGAAGAUACUCUCCAUUGUCAGAACUCAGAUAAAUGUGGAUGACCAACACGUGAGAGAUUCUGUGGACUAUUUGGUCAAAGGCCAACGGACCUCUGGGUAUUUCUUCGACCCAAAGCCGGUCAUACACCGAGACAUGCAGGGUGGGGUUGGUGGGAAGGAGCAUAAGAUAUCCAUCACAGCAUUUGUGACAAUCUCCCUCCUCCGUGCUCGGAACGCACUUAAAUGGGAAGCACAGGGAUCAGUGAAUCAAAGUAUUGAAAAAGCAGCAGUUUUCCUGGACCUGCAAGUGAACAGCAUUGACCGUCCUUAUGUUAUGGCCAUCACCGCCUAUGCCUUGGCCCUGAAGGACCCUGACAGUCCAGCUGCUCAGCGAGCAAAUGAGAAGCUGAGAAAAGCAACUCUCAUCUCAGAGCAAGGUGUUCAAUUCUGGUGGGCUGACCAAACUCUGCUCGAGGAAAACCCAGGGAGAGUACCUAAAGCAUCAGCAAUAACUGUCGAAGCGACAUCCUACGCGCUCUUACAAACACUGCAAAUGAAGGAUCUCACGUACGCAGCCCCCAUUGUCAAGUGGUUAACCGAGCAGCGAAAUUAUGGGGGAGGAUUUCAUUCGACGCAGGACACAGUGAUUGCCCUGGAAGCUCUGUCGGCCUACCAGAUGGCCACCUUUGAGAAGGAAGACUUGAGUCUAAAAUUUGAAUUUAGUGUUCCCGGCAGCGACAAGAGGACAGUACAGCUGGAGAAGAGAAACGCCCUCGUCCAAGAGGAGCUCCAGUUCCCGUUAGGAAGCAACAUUCACAUUGAGCUGUCCGGCAGAGGAAACGCAACAUUGACUAUUCUGAAAACAUAUCAAGUUUUGGAAGAGACCACAAACAUUUGCAACCAUUUCAAACUUGAAGUGAACGUAUUUGGUAAAGUAGAAUACAUGAGGAGUAUAGAAUAUGAACAAGAGGACUAUGAUUACUCUGACUACGGUAUGGCUGCUGAUCAGCCUAUUGGACACAUUGGCUGGUUUGACAUCCGGAGCCGGAAAAGGCGAGCCCUGCCCAAUGGUGCUGAGGAUGAAGGGAUCUACUAUGAAGUCUGUGCCUGGCGGGAACCUGAAAACGAAGACGGCGAGGAAAUGCCACUAAUGGGGUUCGUAGACAUCACACUGCUCAGCGGCUUUGAACCAGAGACUCAUGACCUGGACCAGCUAAAGGCUGGAGCUGAGAAUUACAUUGAUUCAUAUGAUUUCAAGGAAGGGCGUCUGAUUCUCUACGUUCAGGUUAUGAAAAUAAAAGAUUGCUUUACAUUUGGGGCCAAACAACUUUUUAAAAUCGGAUUAAUACAACCGGCGACAGCGACACUUUACGAUUUCUAUAACCCAAGUUCCAAAUGCACCAUAUUUUACAAUGCUCCUGAGCAGAGCACUGUUGUGUCCAAGCUUUGUCAGGAUGACGUUUGCGAAUGUGCCGAAAGUCCUUGUCCUCGUCUGAAGCGAACUUUUACCAACGAUGUGGCUGAUUGGGCACGGAUCGAUUUUGCCUGUUAUACCCCAAUUGUGGACUAUGCUUUCAAAGGCACCAUAUUGCACAAGAAAACUGUUGGAUUUUUUAAUAUCUAUGCUGUCACCAUCGUGAAGAUUAUCAGAGCAAGCGAGCGAGACGAGAUCGUGAAGGCAGGUGAAGUCCGUCACUUUGUGCAACGCUCGUCCUGCCUGCUGAAGCUGAGUGACGGUCAGAGCUACCUGCUGAUGGGGAAGAGCGGAAAGACGAAGGACGAGAAUGGGAAGAUGCAGUACGUCCUGGACGCUGAUUCAUGGAUAGAACAGAUUCCAUCGGAUGAAAAAUGCCAGGGAACCAAAUCCAGAAAGCCGUGUAACAAACUGUGGGAGUUCAUGGAGCAGCUGGAAAAAGAAGGAUGUCAAGUGUAGCGAGCGAGAGAGAGAGAGAAGCUAUCUUUAAUGCUUGUUUGUGACCCCCUCCACCCCCAACCCUCCAUUUAUCAAUGCUCUAUAAUGGAUAUAUAUUUGUGUCAAAUCAUCACAAACCUCAAUAAUACUAAUAAUAAAAUGAUAAGCAUC